AUGGGCGCACUCGAGAUCUCCUCGAAGCCGAACACAGCGCGACCCACGCACGAGAAGAAACCGAGCCAGCCGAAGAAUGUCUCGCAGCUGCUAUCGAAGUUUGCGGCGCCGAACCCAUUCCCUGCGAAGGCUGCGAUAGCCAAGACCUCGUCUCAGACAUCUCUCGCGAGCAAGCAACCUGCCCGGCCACCCUCACCACCGAAACUGACGAUAAAACCUGCGCAACCUACCAUUGACAUCGGGCGUUAUGACGGAGGGUUGGAACUUGACAACGAGAGUCGAGGAGAGCAGGUGCAUGGCGAGGCGGCGGAGACCCUUGCCCUAGACUCUAGCGUAUCUCAGACUCGGCCCACGCGUGAGUGGCACCUCACAGACUUCGACAUCGGCCGGCCGCUGGGAAAAGGCAAGUUCGGACGAGUCUACAUGGUCCGCACCAAAACCGAGCCACACUACAUCCUCGCCCUCAAGACGCUCUACAAGUCUGAGAUCGUGCAGUCGCGCGUCGAGAAGCAGAUCCGGCGGGAGAUCGAAAUCCAGCAGAACUUGCGGCACCCGAACAUCCUGCGCCUGUACGGCUACUUCCACGACGAGAAGCGGAUCUUUCUCAUGCUCGAGUUCGCGGGCAAGGGCGAGCUCUACAAGCAGCUCACGAAGCACGGAUGCUUCACGGAGAAGCGCAGUUCGCGCUACAUCGACCAGAUGGCGGACGCGCUGAACUACCUCCAUACGAAGCACGUCAUCCACCGCGACAUCAAGCCCGAGAACCUGCUGCUCGGCAUCAACGGGGAGCUGAAGAUCGGUGACUUCGGGUGGAGCGUGCACGCACCUGGAAACCGUCGGACGACGCUUUGCGGUACGCUCGACUACCUCCCGCCGGAGAUGGUCGAGGGGCGGGAUCACUCCGAGAAGGUCGACUACUGGGCGCUGGGCGUGCUCACUUACGAGUUCAUCUGCGGCGCUCCGCCGUUCGAGGACAUGACGGGUUACAACGCGACAUACAAACGGAUCGCGAAGGUAGAUCUCCGCAUACCGUCGAAGGUUUCUCCUGAGGCACGCGACCUCAUCACAAAGCUUCUUCAAUACGACCCUGAGAAGCGUCUGCCACUCGAAGAUGUCCGGCGCCAUCCCUGGAUUGUCAAGUACAGGUCCAAAGGCCAUUCCACUUCCAUGCCCAUGUCAUAG